AUAUCGCGUAUAUCUAUAGUGGUGGUGGUUCUAUGGUGGUGUUAUAACCUACAAAUAUGACUGAAAAUUGUAGGUUAACUAAUUGUAAUUAAUCAGUAAAUAAUUCAUAAUUAUUAAAAAAUUUCAUUUUUAAAUACCUUUAAAUGUUUUUUAAAUGAGUAUAAUAAGUAAAUUUGGGUCUUGGUUACUUACCAAGAAAGGGAAAAAUUUCACUGCAGGAGCUGCCUGUACUGGUAUCGCAGGUUUAAUGUUUAUUAAAGUAUUGCCGAAUACCAUAUUUAUAGACCAAUAUAGGGAUGUCUUACACUUUUAUAAAAAUGGCUUUACUGUACCUUUAACUAAACCUAUAAAAGAACGAUUUAACAAAGCCCUAGACAUCUUGGAAAUACCUGAUAUUGAACGACUUUUCAUACGUCCGUUCUUUUCAGUCGGCUUUGAUGUGUUUAGUGCUGGAACUACACGUAGUAGAUUUGGUUCAAUAAUUGGAAUACCCUUUAAUUUUACAUAUAUAGAUGAUGAUAUGGUGGAUAAAAGUGUUAUAAAGUUAAGACAGGAAUCUGUUCCUUGGGAAUUAGAUGACGGUAAAUUACUUUAUAAAUCGCUUUUUCUGUCUGAAAAUGCACAAAUUUAUGCAAUGGCUAGAGAAAUAGAAAUGUGUAGGACUUUAAAAUUUCCAAUUGACUCACUUUUAAUGGUCUCAGCAUCUCUUGCAGCAUAUGGAUUGGGCAACACCUUGAAUGUUAAAUAUAACAUGUAUGCAAAACCAAGAGCUAUUAGAGUUAUAAUGUAUGGUUUAAUCGGUGCUUUUAUGUUUCUUACUUACUGUUUCAUUAAAGAUGCAGUUCAGUUGCAUUUUGAACGAAAAAUUGAUGAGUAUCUUAAGAAUAAAAAUGAUAUUUUUAAAGAAGGUGGUAAAGAAUAUUAUGAGAAAGUGUUAAUGCGAAAUAUUGCACUUCGAGGCUUAUUAGGAAGUGAAGGAACAUCAUUAUACACUGCUUUAGGAAAUGAGAAUUACAUAUUAAGACAAAAGCAUUUACCAUUAGUUCAAAGAAAGCAAUUUUUUGAAAGUAAUGCUACCGAAAUUAUGUAAUUAAUAAUGUAGUCAUUUAUAGAAAUUAAA